AUGGAUCACCAUGGAGCUGAUGCUUCAGAGGGGCAUGUCCACCAUCACGGUUCCCACGGGAACCCCAGAGUCUGCUCCCCGAGCUCUGCCCACGAAGGACACCAUUCCCCUGGGAUGUCACACCAUGGAGAUCAUGGAGGAGGCCAUGGAGGAGACCAUGGAGGGGUCCAUACCAAGCGGGGAGGAGGACACGACAUGACCAUGUCCAUGUUCUUUCACACAGGCGAUACGGAGACCAUUCUCUUCAAGUGCUGGCGCACUGAGUCCGCCUUGGCACUGACUUUGUCCUGUCUCCUCAUUUUUCUUGUGGCCGUGCUCUACGAAGCUCUCAAGUUCUUCAGGGAGUGGCUCUUUGCGAGGAACAGGAGGAGAUUGGAGGGCGGAAGGGAUCAAUACAACCCGCCAAGGAGGUACAGAGAGGCCAACUACAACUACAACCAGCCGACCUAUCCGCCAAGGAGCCACCAGCAGACUGGGACCCAGAUCUACGCCUAUCGCCCCAGGUCGCCAUCGAUGCCACCUCUGCAGCACGGAGGACCUGGAUCCCCGCAGGCCCAGUCCGCGCACAUCAUGUCCCUACCAACCCAUCAUCAUGUCCAGGAGAACCCCCCGCCCGCUGGAGGUGGCUCCAAGCUCAAGGUCUUCUGCUCCUGGAUGCACCUGCUGCAGACCUUCCUGCACGUUCUGCAGGUCUUCAUAUCCUUCCUGCUGAUGCUCGUCUUUAUGACCUUUAACGUGUGGCUCUGUGUGGCCGUUCUGCUGGGCGCUGGUGUCGGGUACUACAUAUUCUGCGCCUAAACCAACAUCCAGGAGCACUGCAACUGAAAAAAGGAAAACAAG